AUUUAGUGAUGUCCCAGUGCAUGAGUGUUCAGUGGAGAUUGGGUCAUGUCUGGUCUUUUGGGUGUCCAGUGUGUGCUGCUGCUCUGGGGCUGCCUUAUGCUGCCCAGGCUGUCCCAUGAAGCUGUGCUGGUUUCUCUGGAGGAAGCAGCUAACACAGAGCUUGCAAAUGGAGCCCCAAGAUCAUUGCAGAAAAGAAGCACUGACAACAAUAUGGUGGAGGUGUACAGCGUGACGGUGGACUGUGCGGUUACCUCACGUUUCGCUCACACCGUCAUGACAUCCAAGGCCAUGAACAAGGCCAACAGCUCACAGGAAAUCUUCUUUCAGGUGGAGCUCCCCAAGACUGCAUUCAUCACCAAUUUCAGCAUGGAAAUUGAUGGCCGGGUGUAUGUAGGUGUGGUGAAGGAGAAGGAAAAAGCAAAGAAAGAGUACGAGACUGCUGUCAAAGCAGGACAAACCGCUGCACUGGUGAAGGCUUCAGGAAGAAAGAUGGAGAAGUUUUCUGUGUCUGUUAACAUUGCUGCCUUAACUAAUGUAACAUUCACGCUGACACAUGAAGAACUACUACAGAGAAAACGGGGCCAGUAUGAGAUUCUGACCCGAGUUCAGCCCAAACAGCGCGUUCAAGAGUUUAAGAUUGUUACAAACAUCUAUGAACCCCAGGGAAUUUCACAAGUUGAUGUCCACUCCACUUUCCUAUCCAAUGAGCUGCUUCCCCUAGUGGAGAAAACUGUAACAGACACAAAAGCACACAUCUCCUUUUCACCAACACUGGAGCAGCAGAGGAGUUGUCCAGACUGUGAAGGGACUUUGAUUAAUGGAGAUUUUAUUGUAAAAUAUGACGUGAAGAGAGAAAAGGACCUUGGAGAUAUACAGAUUAUCAAUGGAUACUUUGUGCAUUACUUUGCUCCCUCUAAAUUACGCCCUGUCCCAAUGAAUGUGGUGUUUGUCAUUGACACGAGCGGUUCCAUGUAUGGCAGAAAGAUUGCACAGACAAGAGACGCAAUGUUAGAAAUCCUCCAAGACCUGCAGGAACAGGAUCACUUUGGUAUUAUCACAUUUGAUCAUCGGAUCAUGCCCUGGCAACCAACAAUGCAACAAGCAACCAACCAAACUGUGGAAGAAGCAAAGAGGUUCAUCAGGGCAUUACGUGACAAUGGAGGGACAGAUAUUAAUGAUGCCGUGUUGAAAGCUGUUGAGAUGAUUCAUACAGCAAGGAGAUCUGAAAAACUUCCCCAAAGAAGUGCUGAUACAAUUAUCCUACUGACCGAUGGCAUGCCCAAUUCAGGGGAAAGUGACACUGCCAUUAUCCAAAAAAAUGUUGAAAAAGCUAACAACAGAAAUAUGUCUCUGUACUGUCUCGGCUUUGGGAAUGAUGUACAGUACUCUUUCCUUGAUGUGAUGGCCCAAGAGAACAAGGGAUUUGCCCGCAGAAUUUUUGAGGAUUCCGACGCAGCUAUACAACUACAAGAUUUCUACGAAGAAGUGUCCAGUCCUCUGCUGUUAGAGGUUGAUUUGAAAUAUCCUGUCAACACUGUGGACUUCUUGACCACAAACCACUUCAACCAUUUGUUCAACGGUGCGGAGAUCAUAGUGGCCGGUCGACUGAUGGACGCUAGCAUUGAUAACUUUCCUGUGGAAGUUUUUGGAGUUGGGAAUGAAGACUAUCAGGUGCAGGGCCAGGCCAGUGUUCUUGACUGGGGUGUGAUGUAUCCAGAUGAGGAGUACAUCUUUGGUGACUUUACUGAACGCCUGUGGGCAUACCUCACCAUUCAACAGCUUCUAGACAAGAGCAAGACUGACAGUGGUCUAGAAAAGGAGAACAGUAAAGCCAAAGCACUGGAGAUGUCCCUGAAAUAUAAUUUUGUGACCCCUCUCACAUCCAUGGUUGUAACCAAACCAGAAUCUGAUGAUCCACCAUUAGUGGCUGAUAAGUUGACGGAGGAACAGCGUCAAAUGGCAGAGAGAAUGAUACCGAAACAUACAAGCUAUCCAACCCAUACAAGCUAUGUGCCUCACAGAUACACACAUCCUACUUAUCUUGCAUUUCCAAAUCCUGUAGUGGAUGGGGACCCUCACUUCCUGAUCGAGCUGCCAGAUAGAGAAGACGCUUUAUGUUUCAACAUUAACAACAAACCUGGGACUAUCUUUACUUUAGUCAAAGACCAAGAAUCUGGUAUUCUCGUAAAUGGACAGAUAAUUGGAGAUAAGGCAAUCCCCCCUGGUGGUCAAAUCAACACAUAUUUUAGUCGCUUUGGAAUUGUCCAUAAAGCAUUGGGAGUAAAACUGGAGGUGAGCACUCAGGACAUCUCUGUGUUCCAGGACAGCAAAUGGGUCUCUCUUCUGUGGUCUGGUACAGCAUCCCUUAAGGGACCCAAUCUGGAUUUACUGUUGACCAAAGACCGCAGCUUGACAGUGACUUUAAAAGACUCUGUGAAGUUUGUGAUCUUAUUACAUAAAGUGUGGGAGAAGCACCCAUACAACAGAGACUACCUGGGCUUCUACACUCUAGACAGCCAUCUUUUGUCCCCUAAUGUCCAUGGUCUUCUAGGUCAGUUUUAUCAUAGCAUUGAGUUUGAAGUGUCCGACAUGCGUCCAGGAGAAUCCCCAGAGAAACCAGAUGCCACUAUGUUUGUAAAAGGACACCAGCUCAAUGUGACCAGAGGUUGGCAGAGAGAUUUCAGGAAUAAUAUAAAGAAUGGAGUGAAGAUCCCCUGCUGGUUCAUCCACAACAACGCCACAGGCCUCAUUGAUGGAGAAGCAAAUGAUUACAUUGUGUCAGGUCUUUUCAAGACUUUUUAAAUGCAGUUUAAAAGCAAUUCAGAUCACCAGUAAUUACACAUCAAGACAGACAGUGUUAUCUUCUAAAUGGCAUUAAAGGCACAUGAAACCUUUUGGGAACAUAGGGCUAAGUAACAAAUAACAUGAAACACUAACUGGAGAGGCCUGCAUAUGCCUCAGGAAUAGGAUUUUAUGUCAUUGUAGUAUAGAAAAUGAAAACUAAAGCUAAAUGCAUCUGCUAAAAAGCUGUCUAAAUUGAUUAUUAAUGUUAUUUGUUAAGUUUUUGUUAAGUUUUUCAAUAUUUUCAUGUAGAAAAUAGACUUGACAGUCUAAAAAUGACUGAUGUUUGAGCAGCAGAAACCCGGAGCUUACUUAAUACAAAUCGGUGAUGUUUCAACGUAACACUAUUACGUGGGCUUUAAAACGAAGAACUACGGUAUCAGGGGAGGAGAUAUAGGCAAUGCGACUGAUUUGGCACGACAUUACCCACCCGUAGUAGUAGCAGUAAUAUCUUCUUACCAUUGAGGAUGCGGCUUUGCCAUUUAUGCACGAGCAAUAAAGCAUGGUCCGCCAAGAUAAUGUCAACAAGCUUAAAGAGUAUUCUGUUGUCAUUUUAUUUUACAUAUGAACUUAAUAUGCCAGCGUAACAGAAUCAAAAUGCACUUAUUACUAUGUAUCUUUUUUUUUAUCAUGUGAAUUUUAUCAUUUUGACGUUUUAUUUUGAAAAAAACGGAAGUUCACAUUGCUCCCGUGUAUUUUAUUUUGGUAGCUUCACUUCCCCUCAGUAUCAUGUUGGAGAGUGUAGUAGAGGGUAAAUUCUGUUUCGGUUGGAAAUAAUAUAUUUUAUGAAAAUGAUUUACUGUUAGCAUAAAUACAAGAACAUAUGUUGAUAAGACUAUGCUUUCACAUGUAAUGAAUGUAUUUUGGAGCGCUAAUUCUAAAUUUUGUAAGUUUAAUUUGGACUGUAAAAUGUUUCAGUUAGCUUCAUAAUCUUACAUGUUCCUGAAUGCCGUGAAAAUGAGCAGCCACGUCACGUGCUGUUCUCAGUGUUACAAGGAGCCAGUGUGCCUCAUGUGUGAAGUCAUAUUUAAGGAGUAUAUGUUUGUCACGUAUGUUCGAUGUUAUUUUUAUAAAUGUUAAACAUAGUAAAUGGUUCAUUUGUCUCCAAUUAAUUACGCUACUACCACCAAUUUAACUGUAAAAUCAUUUUAUUGUUCAGAUAUGAUUUAUAUAAUUGUGAGUAAACGUAAUUUGUAAAUCCUGCGUAAUAGCAUGGUAAUAACAUGGCCAGUAUGUAAGGGUAAGCUCCCGCCCUCUCAGUAGCAUUUUGGAGAUUCCAGAGGGAGUAAAGCUGAGUGACUCCACCCUGUGUCCUGUGUUUCGCAUACGUCCUGACGAAAGGUUUGCAGCCGUUACACCAGAUAGCCAGUAAUACAUGUACUAUUUAUUUAGUAAUCAACAGUUCCUCCAACAUUGAGUCUUCGAUAGUAUAAAAAUAUGUUAAUGUUAUGCUAAUGCAAAUACUCUUGAAUUCCUUUCAUUGCAUUAAAGCCCUGCGUGAGAGAUACGACUAAUGUUCAGGGUUACAACAUUGACUAACAUCUAGAGGUGACAAAAUGAAUUACAGGCAAAUCUAUUCAAUAUUUCUUAAUGAGUUGUAUAUAUUUUAAAGAAUAAUUUUGAAAUCUCUCUGGAAGCAAAGUAAUCGUUUUUCUUAAAAUAGCACCGUAGUUGUCAAAAUUUGAGAUAUGCACGUGUUGUUGACCUAAUGUCGUGAUCCCUGUUUGUUGUCAUCCUGUGCUGUGCUCCCUCCUCCCUCACCUGCCUGUCUCCGGAGCUGGGCGGAGUCCUGGCUCUUCCUUCGCGCACCUGCAGCCCAUCUACGCAAUCAACAUCACCUGCUGUGGAUAAAAGGAGUCAGGACCAGACACUCGGCGCUGGAAUGUGUUACACACCUCCGCCUGAGAACCCGCUCCGGAACCCCUGCACCUGCACAUCUACCCUGGUAUGAUCCCACGUUGUCCUCAUCUUGCACUCGUGUAUCUCCCUGGUCACGGACCCGCACCCACGCUCCCCAGCACCUCUGGAUCUAUGAACUGUGACUAACCUGUUGCACCAUUCUGUGAAGCAUCCUCGUUCCCCGGCCUUGUGGAUUAAUGAACUUUGAUUUCUAUUUGCACAUUUCUGUGAAUAAAACUCUGUUAA